AACGUAACCUCUCUUUUAUCUUGUCAGAGCGUUUAUUUUCAUUGGCAAGUUUAAUCAACAUUACGGUACGAUGUUGUAAUGACGAAUCUUAUAAUUACAGCGAUAAUACAUUAGGAUAUUUAGAAUGAUCAUUUGUCCGUUUAACUCUUGAAUAUGUACAAAUCGUGGAAAUGUCUGCGAUGACAUAAGAUUUGAGUAAAUGCCCCAGGUUGGCGCUAUCGAGAAGGAUACGAGUUUAGUUAUCGGAAAUGGUUCGAUAUUGUUUCUGUAUAGCGUUCUUUUAAAACUGGACACUUCGCAAAAUAUUCCACACUUGUACGAAUCGUUGUUCCCUUGUCUGUUCUUCAUUCGAGAAGAGCGUUCUUUUAAAACUGGACACUUCGCAAAAUAUUCCACACUUUACAUGUACGAAUCGUUGUUCCCUUGUCUUCAUUCAGGCAACGAGAAAGUUGAAUUAGGGGCAAACUGGAUCCACGGUGUGUUGGGAAAUCCAAUGUUCGAGCUGGCAAUGGCAAACGGCUUGAUAGACAUCGUACGUGUGCCGAAACCUCAUAAAGUAGUGGCGGCAUUGGAGGAUGGAAAGCAGUUGCCGUUUCCAGUAUUGCGUGAAAUCUACGAGGCUUACGUGUGUUUUCUGAGGCGAUGCGAGGAAUACUUCCUGAGUUCGUACAGUCCGCCGGACGGAAUAAGCAGUGUAGGAGCGCACAUCGCCUUAGAAGCUGAAAUAUACUUGUCGUCUUUGCCGCCUGAACAGAGAAGAGUGAGGCAAUUGAUAUUCGACUGCCUGCUCAAGAGAGAAACCUGUGUCACGGGUUGCGACACCAUGGACGAGGUGGAUCUCUUGGAGAUGGGUUCCUAUGACGAGCUCCAAGGCGGUAACAUUAGUCUUCCAGACGGGUACAGCGCUAUAUUGGAGCCAGUUGCGAAGCACGUACCGAAGAAUCGCAUUCUUACCAAGCACGCUGUGACAAAGAUCAGGUGGCAGAAACAGAAGCGUUCCAGCGUCAGCGCCGGCUCUACGGAGGAGCUCGAGUCCAACGUGGACGGCCUCGUGGAAGUACAAUGUGAGAACGGACGGACGAUCAGCGCGCAACACGUGGUUUGUACGUUGCCGUUGGGCGUUUUAAAAAGGACAGCUCAGGACAUGUUCGAACCGUCGUUACCCGCUCACAAACUCGAGGCGAUAGACAGACUGAUGUUUGGUACAGUGGACAAGAUAUUCCUCGAGUACGACCGACCUUUCCUAAACCCCGGUGUGUCGGAAGUGAUGCUCCUCUGGGACGACAGCCGACUGUCCGAGGUCGAGAGGGGUGACAUCGGCAAGACUUGGUUCAGGAAGAUAUACUCGUUCACCAAGAUCACGGACACGUUGCUGCUCGGCUGGAUAUCCGGUCGCGCAGCCGAGCACAUGGAGAAUCUGAGCACGACGGAAGUGGCGGAAGUGUGCACAACGAUUUUGCGGCGAUUCCUCAACGACCCGUUCGUGCCGAAUCCGAAAAACUGCCUGCGCACCUCGUGGAACUCGCAGCCGUACACGCGAGGUUCCUACACCGCGAUGGCCAUCGGCGCUAGCCAAUUGGACAUCAGGAGCUUAGCCCAACCUCUGGUGCGGGAGUGGACGGAGGAGGACGGCUCGAAAGACGAAGCGAAUAGGGUUGUGAUAGCGUUCGCUGGCGAACACACCCAUUCCUCGUUUUACAGCACGGUGCACGGCGCGUACUUGACCGGUCGCACCGCCGCCGAGCUGCUGUUGGACGCCAAGCCGGGCGAGAAGCAGGCGCUGAGCCUCAGUUGCGAAGAGACCAGCGACCUCAGCUCGUGGAUACAAGGCAUCUCCUUGAAUUAAUGCGCACUCUCUCCUCCUCCCUCGCUGAGAAACCAACAUACGUUCAAGCGGCUAGGCCUUACUCGUGGACGUUUAUAGACCCGUUGUAUUUUUAGCGGCUAUACAUGCGCGCGACUUUACAUUUUUCGUUCUGUAAAUAUAUAUUCAUGUAGCGAGCCACACAUACGCAAUGUCGUGUAUAUAACGGUGCUUUUGGAAACUUGAAGACAUUCGCGUGCACACGGCGAGCAAUGGCGUGCAUUUAUUAUCGUGCUGUUUUUACACACGUGCAAUUUCGUUCCGUUGACGAGUCAAGGUGGUAAGAUUGCGACACCGAGACGUGUCUGACGGGCUGUCACAGAUAUCACAGAUGUAAUCGACGGGAGACGCUUCGCUGUGAACAUUAAAAUACGGGGACUCAAGCUUGAGUGUGAAGAGGAAUAGCGAAAUUAGAUUUUAAUUGAUAUUAUUUUUUAAUCGUUAACAUUUACACAAUCACUGAAAAAUGAUCACUUAUUGACCGAGACACGUCGACGUCUGGUUUUUAUCGAGUAAUUUAAUAUCGUUUACUGCCAUGUAUUACGAUGUUGUGCACCGAUCGUUACUCUUAUUUGUCGUUUCUUUUUUACAUUUGGCGGCGCUUACGUUUCAGCAACGUUUCCUCUAGAGACGCAGGGUGAGACCGGCCGGAAAAUGACGGCGAACAUUUUUUACAUGUUCACCCAAGCGUUUAUUUUAUAAACUCCGGACGAAUUUAGUACAAUGUUAUUCGCUAAACGGAUGUAGAUAAAUAUGUUAAGUCCAGUCGUAUCCGAAGCUAGCCUAAACAAUUUUUCAAUAUUCGCGCGUGAUAUUUCUAACGACUGCUCUUUACGUAAGC